AUGGCUUACGAUCAGGAACUGAAAGUGGCUCUCCUUGCCGUCGCUCGCGCCUCCAUCCUGACCAAGUCCGUUUUCUCUGCCAAAGCUAAGGGUACCAUCAGCAAAGACGAUGCCUCCCCAGUCACAAUCGGCGACUAUGGCGCCCAAGCCCUAAUCAUCUCCGCCAUCAAGAAGAACUUUCCGCAGGACGAGGUCGUUGGCGAGGAAGAAGCGUCCACCCUACGCACCGACACCUCGUUGUCGUCCAAGAUCUGGGAACUCGUCAAGGACGUCAAGCUCGACGAUGCGGAGUCUGACAGUCUACUCGGUGGCCCGAUCUCUUCUGAAUCUGACAUGCUCGACGCCAUUGACGCAGGCAACUCUGCUGGUGGCAACAAAGGUCGUAUCUGGGCACUUGACCCUAUCGACGGUACAAAGGGUUUCCUCCGUGGGGGACAGUAUGCCGUCUGUCUCGCCCUGAUGGUUGACGGCGAAGUGCAAGUCGGCGUCCUCGGCUGCCCAAAUCUGCCCGUCGACGACUCCGUUGCUCUGACAGAGGACAUCGGCGCCGCAGCCACAGACAAAGAAGGCUACGGUGUGCUCUUCUCCGCCAUCAAGGGCCAAGGCGCCAACUCCCAACCACUGACCCGGAAAGCCGUCGGCAAAGGCCACGCCAUCACAGUCAGCAAGAUCACAGAUGUCAGCCAAGCCGUGCUCUGCGAGUCUGUUGAGCCAGGGCACUCCUCCAAGGGCGACAAUGCCGACAUUGCGGCCAAACUCGGCAUCACCGGCAAGCCCGUACAGAUGGAUUCACAGGCCAAGUACGGCUCAGUGGCGAGAGGCGCGGGCGAUGUAUACCUGAGGCUGCCAGUUAGAAAGGACUACGUCGAGAAGAUCUGGGAUCAUGCGGCGGGAGAUCUGAUCGUGAGAGAGGCGGGUGGAGAAGUCACGGAUGUGCAAGGGAAGCGGUUGGACUUCAGUCGGGGAAGGACGUUAACGGAGAAUAAGGGUGUUGUGGCGAGCCCCAAAAAUGUGCAUGCUGAGGUGCUGGCGGCUGUGAAGGAGGUCCUGGGUGCGAAGACGAGUAAGGUUUAG